CCUCGUGACGCUCCGCUGAGCGACGGAAGAAUGUAAACAGGAGCAGGUAAUGGUGCAUCACAGAUAUGUCUGUGGACGAUUGGUGCCGUUUUUGCCACAAGUAUUUGAAAACACUAGGUAUCAUUAGCCACUCGACCUUGAUUUUCAGAGUAACAGGAAAGGCCAAAACCGUCUUUCAUCGCCUUGUCGAUCUGGGAUUGACUUUGAGAAAAAGUCCUGAAAGAUCCAUGCGAUCGUGUCGGAACUGUAUCACCCUACUCUCUAGAAUCGAGAGGGAUUUAGCAGUCUUCAGAAAAUGGGAAGUCCAGGAAAAACAAGCCGAUUCAAACGAAGGAGCGUCGGGCUCCACAACAGCAGAUAAAGGGGAUCUGGAGACUGCUCCUUCAAAUACGUACUACAGGGCUCCAAAAAAGCGAACGAAGAAAAAAGAAAACCAAAAGAAAGGCGAGCAAAAAAGUAAAGAUAAACCAGCAGUGCUUACUGCACCAUGUGAGGAGAGCUGCCCCGAGAUAACAUUUGACAUAUCAGAGUUUAUCUUUGAUGAGGAAAGCAAUUUUUCAACUGAAGGAGGGGAAGCAGAAGAAGAAAACAUUUGUUCGAAUGAAGAAGGGGAAGAUGAAGAUGAGAUUGCCGUCUUUGAAACAGGCUGGGAAAAAGAAGAUUUUGACCAAUUGGAAAGCGAUAACUAUGACCAGUUGGAAAGCGAUGGCUCAGAUUCUGUAUUGCAUGAAGGUUUACAACACCUUUGUCCAGAAUGUGGUGUCUUUGUCUUCACGUGCAGGAUUCACAUUCACACAUGCAUGGAUAGUAACAAGCCGUUUUCCUGCAAUGUUUGUGGCAAGAGCUGUCUGGACGAAAGCGCCCUGAAAGCUCAUAACAGUAUCCAUGGGGAAAGCUUGCCCUUAAAAACAAGACUUGAUCAACCUCCCCAUGAGGGAGCCCACAUACCCUGUGCAAGACCACAUAAAUGCCCUGACUGUUCCUUGUCGUUUUCCAACCUCCCUGCACUUAAUUUACACGUCGAAGGUCACAGCGGCCCUAAAGUAUUUUCAUGCCCCUAUUGUACAUUGGAUCCCCUCACGGUCUCCGACACGAAUAGACACAUUAUGGUGCACACUGGCAUGAAGCAGUAUGUGUGUGAUUUCUGCAGUCGCUCCUUCAACCUUCAAAGCCACCUUAAAUCCCACCUGCGUGUGCACACCGGUGAGAAGCCCUUCCAGUGCAUGCACUGUGACAAGAGCUUCAAUCACAACAUGAGCCUGAAGAGUAACCUCAUGCGUUUCCAUAAAAUAGUUUCCCUUAUGGCUAGACCCUCGGUGCCAAGCCAACCAGGGCCCUCAGGGCCCCCUGCAACAGGGGGGACAAACUCUAUUCCUGCUGUGCAAGGGAAGGCCCUGGACCCAAUUACAACAGCUGACACGUUCGAUAUGGGCUAUUUGAAGAAACCCUCUUCUAAAGACAUUGAUGCUGAUUGGAAUGACAGGGAUCGAACCUCAGAGCUUACAGAAGAAGACAAGACAGAGGCAAGCAAGGCAGUGAGGAAGAGAAAGCGGAAAGCCAGCCUUGGACCAAAGACCUAUUAUAUUGCAGAGAAGGAUUUUGAGAGUGACUCGGAUAGCAGCCCUGAGGAGGAGGGUGAGAAGAGACAAGCUGUCAAAAGUGAGGAAAUAGGACGAUAUAGAGGAAGGCCUAGGAAGAAAUGUUGAAUGUUCAAACAAAAUUUAACCAGAACUGGGUGUAUGUAUUUGUUGGGGUUAGGUUUAAGAAUAAAGGCAUUCAAAUGUAUUCCCAUUAUGUAACUAAAUUACACAUUGGAUGCUCAGUGACUUCUACCACCAUUUCUAAUGGACGCAAGCAGCAAACAAGAACAUUGGUCUUGUUUUUACAAUUUUAUAACUGGGCAAAAUAAUUGUUUGCUGUCCAAUUAUCACCACAAUCAGAUGAAAUAAAUGGCUUAAAAGGCUUUAAGCCAUUUAUUUCAUCUGAUUGUUGCUGAGCAGAGCUUUUGCUGUCAUUGACUCCAUGUUUCUGAGAACCCACGUAAAGUUAAUACUAAAUACCCCAAAUAAGCUGCAAAGUCUUGUGUGAUCUUAUAUUGACAAAAGCGACCAUAAGACACACAUUUACAUUACAUGUUUAACACUAACAUUUGUUUGGUAACACCUGACACACAGGGUUUGAUCAACCAUUAAUUCAGCAAUUCCAUAUCAAUCAUUGUUAUAUCGGUUAUUGUUAACUAUUAAAUAAUGUUUUGAUUAAUACCGUCCUUAGUUGACCUGCAUUAACAUUAACUUACUUAAGAUGACAACCAUUUGUAAACAUUACUACUAAAUUUAAAGAAAUAAUUUAGUAACUAAAUUAUUUUCAGAUACAUUUUUUUAACUGUUAACUGUCAAAUAUCUGUUUGUUAAUGAUCAUUACUGGCUUUAACUAAUGUUAAUUAAUGGUAACAUAAUGCACCCUUAUUGUAAGGAGGUGCCAUUUUUUUAUGCCCAUGUAUCACUGUCCAUUUUAUAUAAACUAAAAUGUCAGUCUUAACGUUGUAGUUGCUGUUUAUUAUUAAUGAAAUGCCAAUUUGUACGUAAACAUGCCAAGCUUUGGCUGCCUUUUUCUGGUACGCUAAGUUGAGUGAAUUGAGAAAAAACAUUGUUGUAGGUGGCUAUUACGAAUUAGUGCUAGGUUACACAUUAUUAAACCUUUCUUCAUACUUUUAUACAAUAUCUUUUAAAUGAAAAUUUGGUGCCUAUUUAUUGCCGUGGAUUUGCAAGGAACUUAUGGAAGUAAUCAUUUAAAAUCGAAAUACAUGACUACAGUCAGUCAUUCUAUACAUGAUGUCAUAGUGCAUAAUUCCUCUAGGUGUCCUCCUUGUGCCACCAAUACUGAAAUAAUUGUAACGGCUUUUUUUUUCACCUAAUGGCUCUUCUUCUAAAAUAACUCAUCGUGCCCAUUUUAUACAAUUUGGAAGGAGCAGCUGUUGUGCCCCAUUUUCCUUCAUUCCUUUUCUUAUUAUCUAACCAAAGAACACUCUGUUGUACUGCUGCUUGAGGAUGAGUGCUCAGGUAAAAGUGCAUCUCUUUCUACCAUCUGCUUUGUCUCUAAUAUUGGGGCCACAUCAGACUUAAAAAUGUCACGUCAGUGAAUAACUGCUGAUUUGUUCUUUUUAAUAUUUCAGUUUGCACACUUUGCUAUCCCUGGUAAUUUCCCCGUAUUGCACAAAUGAAACCUUUUUAAAAAGGAGAAUAUCAUUUUAGUUACUAACUCACAAAGCAGAUUUCAUUAAUUAAGUCAGUCUAGCCUGACUUGUUUGUUUUGCCAUGACAAGCAGGUCUUGUGAUUUGUUUUUAAUCGUUCAUUAUUAUUCAUAGACACGAGGGAGUUUGAUCACUACACCGCUUAUGUUUAUUCGAUAUGCAUGUAUGUAUUAUGAUUAAAACGGUCUGUCCAGAUUA